GUGCAACGAGAGCUGGCAUUUGCAGCCCAUCUGUGUGAAGCUGCUGUCCUGCAGAUCGCUGACACGGACCUGGGCCUGCAGCACGCGCUUACGAGAAUGAAAAAGGAUGCGGACACUUGGAUGAAACUCAGUCAUCACUUCGUUGACUGUGGACGGGUAUUCGGCUCAAUCUUCUCAGUUUCAGGACCUCUAGUCGCGCGAUAG